AUGGAGAGCAGCGACCGGGACAUGUACCGCCAGUUUCAAGACUGGUGUCUCAGGACUUACGGGGACUCGGGGAAAACCAAGACGGUGACCCGUAAAAAAUACGACCGGAUCGUCCAGCUCUUGAAUGGCUCCGAAUCGAGCUCCACGGAUAAUGCCAAAUUUAAAUUCUGGGUCAAAUCUAAAGGCUUCCAGCUCGGCAAUUCGGACGAGGUCAAUGGUGCUGGUGGAAGAGGGAAGCAAGUGCUGUACGUGCCAGUCAAAACCACGGAUGGAGUAGGUGUAGAUGAGAAGCUGUCUUUAAGGCGGGUAGCGGUGGUUGAAGAUUUCUUUGACAUUAUCUAUUCCAUGCAUGUGGAAACAGGGCCUAAUGGAGAACAAAUCCGAAAGCAUGCUGGACAAAAGAGAACUUAUAAAGCAAUUUCAGAGACCUAUGCCUUCCUGCCUAGAGAAGCGGUGACACGAUUUCUAAUGAGCUGCUCAGAGUGCCAGAAAAGAAUGCAUUUAAACCCAGAUGGAGCGGAUCAUAAAGAUAAUGGAAAACCUCCAACUUUGGUGACCAGUAUGAUUGAUUACAAUAUGCCAAUUACUAUGGCCUACAUGAAGCACAUGAAACUGCAGCUACUAAAUUCACAACAAGAUGAGGAUGAAAGUUCCAUAGAAAGUGAUGAGUUUGAUAUGAGUGACUCCACCAGGAUGUCGGCUGUGAACUCUGAUCUCAGUUCUAAUCUUGAAGAAAGAAUGCAAAGUCCUCAGAAUCUUCAGAGCCAGCAAGAUGAUGAUUCAGCUGCAGAGAGUUUUAAUGGCAAUGAGACCGUGGGACACAGUUCCAAUGCUUCAGGUGGAAUACACUGCAGGGAGAUGGCAGAAACCAACAGUAAUGGCAAAACAGAUCUGGAGCAGGAUGAGCAGCCUCUGAACCUGAGUGACAGUCCCCUCUCUGCUCAGCUGACUUCAGAAUACAGACUAGAUGAUCACAACAGUAAUGGAAAGAACAAAUACAAGAACCUCCUAAUUUCUGAUCUCAAGAUGGAAAGAGAGGCAAGAGAAAAUGGAAGCAAGUCGCCUGCACAUAGCUAUUCCAGCUACGACUCUGGUAAGAACGAGAGCAUAGGCAGAGGUGCUGAAGAUCUGUCUCUGAACCGAGGAGAUGAGGACGAGGAUGACCAUGAUGAACACGAAGAUGCUGAGAAGGUUAAUGAAUCUGAUGGGGUAGAAGCUGAGCGACUGAAAGCUUUUAAUAUGUUUGUCAGGCUGUUUGUAGAUGAAAACUUGGACCGAAUGGUCCCAAUCUCUAAGCAGCCCAAAGAAAAGAUCCAGGCUAUCAUUGACUCAUGCAGGCGACAAUUCCCUGAGUAUCAAGAGCGUGCCAGAAAACGCAUACGUACUUACCUCAAGUCCUGCAGGCGGAUGAAAAGAAGUGGUUUUGAGAUGUCACGACCUAUUCCCUCACACCUUACUUCAGCAGUAGCAGAGAGUAUCCUGGCUUCAGCCUGUGAGAGUGAAAGUAGAAAUGCUGCAAAAAGAAUGCGGUUGGAUAGACAGCAGGAUGAAGCUGCUCCAGCUGACAAACAAUAUAAACAAGAGCCAGCCCAGGUCACUUACUCAACAUCAGCUGUUUCCAGCACACAGGAGGUGUUGUACAUCAAUGGAAAUGGGACCUACAGUUACCAUAGUUACAGAGGGUUAGGAAGUGGGCUGCUAAAUCUCAGCGAUGCUUCUAGCAGUGGUCCAACAGAUCUCAGUAUGAAGAGGCAGUUAGCAACCAGCUCCGGAUCCUCCAGUAGUACAAGCUCUAGACCCCAACUGAGUCCAACUGAAAUAAAUGCAGUGCGGCAGCUUGUUGCAGGGUAUCGAGAAUCAGCAGCAUUUUUAUUGCGUUCUGCAGAUGAACUGGAAAACCUUAUUUUGCAGCAGAACUGA